AUGUUUUGGUGGGACUCAUGGGAAGGGGAACCGCCAUUAACAGAAUGCUUCAAAGAUCAAGAUUGGGUCAACACCAUCGAAGCUGCUAUAGGCACGCAAGUUGCUAAUUAUUUCGAGAAUGGCGAGCACCAUGGCAUGAGGUCCUGGAAAAGGGUAGCUAUCGACAACCUACAAUUAUGUAAGAAACUCAAGGAGUUACUUAGCAGCAGAUCAAUAUUAGCAUUAGAUGAAGAAGAUAGCUUAUUAUGGUGUGCAGCAAAGUCAGGGGAGUACAGUGUUAAGUUGGGCUACAAAGUCCAUUGGCAUAGAGCUUUCAAUCCGAAUUGGCCUAGCAAGCUGUGCUGGAACAAGUGGGUGUUGCCAAAGGCAGGGGAUUUCCUAUGGAUUGUGCUGAGUGGGAGGAUACUCACUGGUGAUAGGCUGAAAACCAUAGGUAUUCAAGGUCCAAGCUGCUGCGUGUUAUGCAACAUUGGGGAAGAAACAGUGGACCAUUUACUCUUCAAUUGUAGAGGCAAUCCUGGUCAGGCUGGCUUUGGAGCAGUCAUUCGAAAUGAGGAUGGGAAUGUGGUGUUUGGUACGUAUGGAAAUAUUGGCUGUGCUACAAACAAUAAAGCAGAAAUAAGAGCCCUUGAGGCCGGGAUAUUACUCUACAAAGAGAAAGGCUUAUCUAGUGUAUAG